AUGACAAAUUAUACUAUUGGAAUAGGUUAUAUUUGUGCAAGUGUGAUGGAGAAUGGUGUAAAAGACAAAGAUCAGAAGCCCAAUCCAAGGGAAGCAAUCAUUGUUGUACCUGCCAAAACCAGAGCAAUAGUCUGCAGGAAAAAAUAUAAUGGUGUAUUAACCAUUAAGAAUAUGGUUAACAAAGACAAAUCAGAAAAGCCCCAACUCCAAUCAAUACAGGAAAAGUUAAGGAUUUGGAUAGACAGAUAUGGAUAUGACCUAGAGGAUGAAGAUGGCAGAAAGGAAGAACAAAAUAUAUUCAGAAGCAUGUCCAAAAAAAUACAAAAAUAUUUUAAUAAGGAAUUUAAAGGAAGGAUAUUUUCUGAAUAUCCAAAAGAAGAAAUUGAGAAGGCGUUAGAUUAUGUAGUCCUCCAGAAAUAA